AGGAGGAUCACACCAUCCCCCACCAUCAUCAGAAUGGUAUUUUUAAUAUUAUUGUAAAACAAGAGAUAAAAGAGGAGUAUGAGGAGGUUGGUGUGAUGGAAAAACUUUCAGAAGGACCCAUGGAAGCCUUGAUAGAGUCACCCAGAAGCAGAAGUCCUUUUAAUUUCCAGGACGGUUCACAGGAACAUCAUGAGGAUGACAAACCAAUGGAUCUGAAAGUUAAGGUCAAAGAGGAAGAAGAAGACGUCUAUGUGAUUGAUCAGCAGUCUUCAGAGGAGGAUGGGAUGAUGGUGACCGUCAAAGUGGAGGAACCGUUUCUAAACAUCAGCUCAGAUGGACGUUAUGUCCAGGACAACUCAGCUGACGAUUAUAAUGAAGAAGACGAUGAGGUCUCUCCAGAAGGAAACCCUGUUGCCCAAAUGGGCCGACUCAGUCAUGUUGAUGUAUUACUUAAACACGGGUGUUCUGAAUGCGAUAAAAGCUUUAGAAAUAAGUCCGAUCUUAUUGUCCAUCAGAGAAUGCACACGGGCGAGCGUCCUUUUCUAUGUGCACAGUGCGGGAAAUGUUUCACAUCCAAAUCGCAUCUGGCUAGGCACCAACGAUAUCACACCGGGCAGCGACCCUAUUCAUGCCCAGAGUGCGACAAAUCUUUCAAAGAGAAGUCAGACCUGGUCCAACAUCUGAGGAGCCACACGGGCGAAAAGCCUUAUUUAUGCACGGAGUGCGGCCAGUGCUUCACACGAAAGACAUAUCUAAUGACGCAUCUGAGGGGACACACCGGAGAGACUCCAUUUUCUUGUCAGGAUUGUGGAAAAGGAUUUACGGCGAAAAGUACGCUCAACAUGCACCGGCGAACGCACACGGGUGAAAUGCCAUAUAUGUGCAUGGAGUGCGGGAGAAGCUUCAAGCAGAAAGGUAACCUGAUCCAUCACCGCCUAAUCCAUACUGGUGAGCGUCCGUUUCCUUGUCCGCAGUGCGGGAAAGACUUUCGUCUGAAGUCCGCCCUGGCCCUUCAUCGCAAAAUCCAUGCUGCCGAGGAGAUCUUUUCGUGCACCGAGUGCGAGCUGUCUUUCCCAACACAGUCACAGUUUGACAUACACCUGAGAAGCCAUUCCGGCGAGAAGACCUUCCCAUGCUUAGAGUGCGGAAAACUGUUUAUAACAAGGAAGAAGCUCCAGAGACACCAGAAGGCUCACACCGGGGAGAAGCCGUUCGCCUGCUUCGAGUGUGAGAAAUCGUUCACCACAAAAACGCAUCUCCUCAGGCACUUGAGGGUUCACACGGGCGAAAAGCCGUUCUCGUGCCCUGCCUGUGGCAGAUUUUUUACCCAAAAGGAAAGCCUUAACAAGCAUUUAAAACGCCGUGCUUGCGGGAAGCACAUUGCUGCCUCAAGUGAGGGAAACCCUUUACAUGGAGUAGCCGUGACGAACUAAGUCACAUACUUGCUCCUUAUCUCCUGGAGACAUCAAUGAGACAUGCUUGGCAUAGCUCCUGCCCCUUUCACUGGGGAAUGGCAUGGAGUGCCAACCCUACUGGUUCCAUUUUCCAUAUUGAAAAAUAAAAUAAACAUGAAACGGUAGCAGAGGAUCCCCUAUAUAGUCACAGCAUGUGUGUAGACCCAGGGGGGGUCCUGUCAGAGACUUUAUCGUUGGCGUUUUUUGCUCCACUGUGGAACAGGUACAUAGAGAAGUCGUAGGGGUACUUUUUUCAGACACAAACUCACAGUAGUCUGCACAGGGUCAGGCCUCUGUCUAUUUAUAUUAUAUAUAUAUAUAUACUACACAGUACUGUACAUCAAAUUAUAGUGGACAAAUUAUGCACGCCAACCAUAGCAUGGAAAGAAACAAGACAAAAGAGGAGGAGAAAAGCCUUCCCAGACACAAGAAGAGAACCCUUCCAAAACGCAGAAGAAGAUGUUCCCUCGAGGAGACAACAAUGGGAGAAGAGGACCCUUUCUAAAUACAAGUGGAAAAGAAAAGCCCAAAUAAACAUGAGAAGGGAAAAAGACCCUUCCCGAAUACAACAGGAGAAAUUAACCCUUCUCAAAUUUUAGAGGAGAAGAGGACUCUUUCCAUACUUGACUGGAGUAGAGGACCCUUCUCGAACUUGAGAGGACCCUUCCCAAACUUGGGAGGGGAGAAGACCCUUCUCCAACUUAAGAGGAGAAGAUGACCUUUUAAAGUGGUCCUGAGAAGAGAAGA